GGUUCCCAGGGAGGGGUGGGGUGUUUGUCACAGGAGGACUUCCAGGCAAGAAAACUCCCAGGGACUGAUAGGGACAAACCUAAUUAUCCCUGACUUAAUUAUCAAAUUAGUGCCUGUUUAGGGCCUCCCCUCCAGGGCUUCUCUGUAUGAUGCUCCACAUAGAAUUACAAGUUAUUUUCAGUAUUCUGCUUUGUUUGAAAGCUUGAAAACGGCUGUUGCUGCGGUGUCACACCUGAACUCACCAUCAAAAUGAACCAUUAGAGAGCCCACAAUGUCUGCUUUACACUCCCUGCUGUGUUUCCACUUCACACACAAGUUAGAAACUGUCCUUUCCUGGAAAUGAGACUCUAAAACCAAACCUGAGCUUGAAUUAGAAGUUUUAACUUAACUUUCCAGGCCGUGCUUGCACUCUCUGGGUCUGGUAAGAUCUUUAUUCUGAAGCACCAAAAGCUGUGGUCUGAUGGGGUUUUGGUCUCUUGAGGAGGAAGUUCUGCUCCCAGCCCAGGCACAUGUCUUGUUCCUGUGGUCUGUGUCAAGCUUUCGAGUGGAAAAUACGAUUAUUCAUGACUCCCCUGUGAUUCAUGGAUUCCUCAGACGUUGCUCCGGUCCAGUGGCAUUUUCCGUGGCUCCAAACAGCCCUGAGUCCACUGGUGCUUCCUUCCCUUGGCUGCGAGUUGGUCCAGGCACAGCGUUGGGAGGUAAAACGUGGGAUAUUUAGAAGCAGAGCUGUAGGGGAGGGUUAAACUGGGCUCAUUGAGCUUCUCCUUUCUUUAGGAACGUGCUCCCUGGCUGUGAUGUGAGCACAGGGUGGAACCGAGGGAGGUUUUCUGUGCCCUGUGGCUGCGUCCGUAGAUUUUGUGGGAGCCUGGAUGUGUUUUUAGAGCUUGGGGAGGCGGCACUUUGAUCUCUGAUUAAAGAAAACUACAUCACUCAGAGUCAAACUCACCGAAAAUAUUUGUCUGUAAAACCAGGCAAAGCUGAUAGCACUGAUAAAAUCAGUGCUGAAACAGUUAAAGCCGAGUCUCGUGGAUGCCUCCUCAGCCCAGGGUCCUUUUCCUGGAAUGCGAGGGGCAGGAAAUGCACCUUUAGUCCCCCCCCGGGCCGCUUUUCCCCCAGCCCGGGCCGUUAUCGGGGCUCCCCGCCCCGCCCGGCGCCCUUUGAAAGGGCGAGUCAGAGCCCGGAGCAUCGGCGGGAGGCGGCAGAGCCUUCCCGGGGCCGCGCGGGACAGGAAUCCAGGGAUAAUAACCCCGGGAUACCCCGUCCAGUCGGUGCUGUUCCCAGCUGCUCACUGCCACCAUGAGCUCCCCCAGCCCUGCCCAGCACCCAGCAGCUGAGAACACCUGCAGGAUCACUCUGGGACAAGCUCACCAGGUGAGACCCAAAGUGCCACUCCUGAGGAUUCUGCAGGCAGCAGGAGCCCAAGGAGACACCUUCACACUCAAGGAGGUGAUGCAUUACCUGGGCCAGUACAUCAUGGUGAGGCAGCUCUACGACAAAAGGCAGCAGCACAUGGUCUAUUGUGGAGGAGAUCAGCUGGGAGAGCUGCUGGGCCUGGAGAGCUUCUCUGUCAAAGAUCCAAGCCCCCUGUAUGACAUGUUGAAACGGAACCUGACGGCGGCUGCACUCACAGAUGCUGCACAGACUCUCCCAAAGGAGCAGAGCGUCGAUAAGCCAAGCCAAGACCAGCUGAAGUUUAGCCAGGAAGAAAGUUCUGAUGCUGGGACCACGGAGGGGGAGGAGAGCAAGGCCUCUGCUUUGUCUACCUCGGAGCAGAACUGUGACACUUGUGAAGACAAAGACUUAAUAGAAAACCUCUCUAAAAGCAAGAAGCCUAAACUGGACCUAGUGUUUGAGGAAUGGGAUGUAGCUGGUCUUCCAUGGUGGUUUUUAGGCAACCUCAGAAGCAAUUACGAGUCCAGAAGUAAUGGAUCAACAGAUAUUCAGACUAACCAGGACAUUGACACUGCCAUUGUUUCGGAUACUACUGACGACCUGUGGUUCCUCAACGAGUGCCCCCUGGACCAGGGCAGUGCUGGGCUCAAGGUGGACGUGCUUGACUGUGAGGAAGUGAAAGAAGGUGACACAAAGGUGACUGAGGACGUGUGUUUGAAUGACUUGGAGGACUCUCAGUGCUUGAGUGAUGACACGGACACAGAAGGUGCUUCUGAGGACUGCUGGCAAUGCACCAAAUGCAAGAAGUUCAACUCCCCGGGCAAACGGUACUGCUACCGCUGCUGGGCCCUGCGCAAGGGCUGGUACUCAGACUGGCCCAAACUGGCCCACUCCCUCUCCCUGUCCAGCAUUGCUGCCAUGAAAAACAAGGAGGAGGAAGAGGAGGACGAGGGGAUAGAUGUCCCAGACUGCAAAAGGACCAUGUCGGCCCCGGCCGGGCAGCCCACCCGCGUGUUCGUGGUGGAAACCAAACCCCCCCCCUGCGGCUCCAUCGAGUCCCUGGACCUGGCACGGGCUCAUGAGAGCAAAGAGUCUCUGCUGAGCUUCGCUGAGAGUAAAAAGGAGGAAGAAAUCGAGUCUCUGGAGAGUAUAAAAACGCUGCUGAGCCCUUGCUACCUGUGCCAGCACAGGCCCCGCGACGGGAACAUCGUGCACGGCAGGACUGCUCACCUCGUGGCCUGCUUCAGGUGUGCAAGGAUGCUGAAGAAAAGGAGAUCCCCCUGCCCAGUGUGCAGGAAGGAGAUCGAGAUGGUCAUCAGGAUCUUCAUGGGGUAGUUGGGCCACUCCAGGCCUUUCUCCUCCAAAAAGGAGCCAAGAGGUUUCUUGCACUUAAGGCCCAGUUUCAGAUCAAUGAAAGCCAAAGAGAAUUAAGAUUCCAGUCUGCCCCAGCAGGCUGAGGAAUCUCUGCAGCCUCCACCUUUCCAUGCCCCUGGAAGUGAAAGCCUGUAGGGAACAGGGAGGGACAUGCUGGGGUCGAUGCCCCAGCCUGGAAGCGGCCAAAAUCUUCCCCUUUCAGCUCAGGGGUGUCACUGGGAUUCUCUGUCCUGACAGCUGGUCCUUGGGGAAAACAAGUUUUGGGAAGAGUUGUAACUUUUGGAGUGUUGUUCUUCAGUUCAGUCAGAGCUGUGCAAUCAAUGCCUUCUGAGUGGGGGUGUGAUCUGAGAUAGAAAUAGAGAUAAAUAUUCAGGGGUGGGACUCUGAGGUGUUUGCAGCUUAGAUAAGCCUUUUCUCCAAGGACCAGCUCUCCUGAGGGCAGUGCAAAGGAAAUAACCCCAUUUCUGAUUUUUUUGGUUGAUUGUUAAGGUAGGAUUUAAGGUGAAGGUCCUUUUGCUCCCAGACAGGAAACAAAUCCUCGCAAACUCUUAAUCCAUAACUAUCUCAGGUCACAGAGGGAAUAUAGGGAUGCAUUUUGCUUUCUUAUUGGCUCAUUUAAUUUAUAUUGAUUCUUUUUUUCAUUUAAAUAUAUUUCCUGUCAUCUUGCAUAGCUUUGAAGCCUGUCCAGCAUUAGCUCAGCCUCUGCUCUGCCAGUUGGAUUCGAUUCCCACGGCUCUGUGCCUGUUUUGGGAUGUUCCCAGUGCACCUUCCACCUGCCUCAUCUCAUCAGCCUGCCCAGAAUAUACCCAGUUUGGAGUGCAGUGUGGCUUUAAAGACAGGACAUGAGCCUUUGAGGGGAAAAAACGACUCCUUUAAAGCACCAGUUGCUCUCUGGAGGCUGUGCUGGGUGUCAGGUUUUUAAUU